UAGAGGGCGGCGGUGUUGAAAGUCUAAACCGAUCGUUGGCGAUCGUGUGGGUCCGUGAGUGAGUGAGGGAUUCCAAGCCUUCCAGUUGUCUUCGCAAGGAUUGGCAAGAAGCGGUGCAGAGUGUGGUUGUGGCCGUGUCGCGCUAAACGGUGUCACGCCUCACGAUGGUGCAAUGGACGCUGAUCUGGGCCGGCAUCGGUGCCUUGAUGGCCGCAUCCGGAGUGCUGCUCGGUUUGGUCGUCUUUCCGCGGGCAGUGCACGAGAAAAUCAUCGAGAACACAGAACUACGCCAAGGGACGGAACAGUUCAAACGCUUUGAGGCACUGCCACAACCGCUGGACUUUAAGGUCUACAUUUUCAACGUGACCAAUCCGUACGAAGUUAUGCAGGGGCGGCGGCCGAAGGUGGUGGAAGUGGGGCCCUACGUUUAUUUUCAGUACCGGCAAAAGGAUAACAUACGGUUUAGCAGAGACCGGUCGAAGGUGCACUUCACCCAGCAGCAAAUUUACGUCUUCGAUGCGGAAUCAUCUUAUCCUUUGACGGACAAUGACGAGCUGACGGUUUUGAAUAUGCAUAUGAACAGCAUUUUACAAAUAAUCGAUAACCAAGCGAAGGAAACGAUCACCAAUUUUCGUUCCGACGUUAACAAUACGCUCGAGAAAAUUCCUGUAGUCAGAGUCAUUAAAAGGAUCAUCGAGCGCACCACGCCGAUCCAAUCAAUUUUGCAAAUCGCCGAAGAUGAAACGUACGACAGUUUGCGGUUGAUCAACGUCGAGCUGAAUCGCAUUUUCGGCCGCCCGGACACGAUGUUCCUGCGGACCACGCCGAAGCAGUUCCUGUUCGAUGGCGUGCCAUUCUGCGUGAACGUUAUUGGCAUCGCGAAAGCGAUCUGCAAGGAGAUCGAGAAGCGAAACACGAAAACUAUCCGCACCAUGCCGGACGGGAGUUUGCGGUUUUCCUUCUUCAGCCAUAAAAAUAUGACCGACGAUGGAACGUUCACGAUCAACACCGGCAUCAAGGAUCCGGCGCGGACACAAAUGAUCGAACAGUGGAACGGCAGGACAACGCUGGACGUGUGGAACAACCGGAGCAGCGGGCUGACGUCGGUUUGCAACAAAAUCCACGGCACCGACGGUUCCGGCUAUCCACCGUUCCGGGCGAACGUCGAACGGAUGACCAUCUUCAGCACCGAUAUCUGUCGGACCGUUGACAUUAAGAUGACCGGGACCUCGUCCUACGAAGGCAUCCCGGCGUUGCGGUACGAGAUCGACAACAACUUCGUUCACGAUGUCGGGCUCGAGUACGGGAACGAGUGCUAUUGCGUGAACAAAAUUCCCAAAUCCAUCGUCAAAGGCAAUGGCUGCCUUUACCGUGGAGCGCUCGAUCUGUCCAACUGUUUCGACGCACCGGUCGUGCUAACGCUUCCCCACAUGCUCGGUGCCGCCGAGGAGUACACAGCGCUGAUCGACGGCCUGGCGCCGGACCCCGAUCGCCAUCAAAUCUUCGUGGACGUGGAACCGUACACUGGAACGCCACUGAACGGAGGGAAACGGGUGCAGUUCAAUAUGUUCCUGCGGAGGAUUGACGCGAUCAAGCUAACGGACCGAUUGCAGCCGACACUAUUUCCGGUCAUUUGGAUCGACGAAGGGAUCGCGCUGAACGAGGACAUGGUGAAACUGAUUGACGACAGUCUCAUGAAGGUGCUGAGCCUGUUGGACAUUGUGCAGUGGGUUCUGAUCGGGGUCGGACUUGCACUCGCCGCUCUGAUGCCGAUCGUGUACUUUGUGAAAAGACGGUGCCAGAAAUCGGUUAGUCCGGCGGUAACGGCCACCACCAGCGCGGCCAGCCUGUCGACGGCGGGUAACAAAUGACCGUCGGUCACGAUGCUCAGCCUUGACUGACUAAGGAAGCUGACAGGACUAGCCGGGCAGGAUCGCCAGAGUCCGCCAGAGAACUGAUGGACCGUUUUAUGGUGCCAACGAUACGCGUGCGUCUGCGGAGCGUGCAUGAGCGAGGAUUGAGUGUGAGGAUUUUGUACGCGUGAAAAGGAGCGAACGAAUGCCGCGAAUGAGAAACGUUAUGCGCGCUUCCAUCCCCAAACCGAGUCAAAAACUGAUGAUACCGUCCAUUUACGAACGGCAAUGAUUUAAGGCAAUGAUUGCGUUUGAAAUAGCUACCGUUAUAUUUGUCUGUAAGA